UUAGGGGCACAUAAAAAAGGAUAUUAAUUUCACUUACUGUGCUACAUGUAUGUGUCCCUGUAGGGUAAAGACAGAAGUACUUUAAAAAAAAACUAUAAUUUUUUUAAGUAGCUGUUUUGAGAAUCUAGUCAAUUUGAAUUUCACAAAUUCAUGUGCUAAUUGUCUAGCUUCCCAUUUCCAAGAACCACUUGGAAUUGUGAGAGAUUCCAAAUAAUGAAAAAAACACAAGUAAUGUCGAUUUGUCACCACAGCGCUCAUGCUGAAAACAGGCUAAUGAAGUAGGCUUGCAAAGUGUCAUUUAUACUUCGCUCUUAAGGUUAUCUGGAGCAUUUUAUUUCCUUCAUUUUUUACCCUUUAAAGGUUUUCUAGCACUCUCACUUGUAGAAAUCACCUUUGCAAGUAGUGGCACAAUUGAACAUAGAUGUGUGUUCCUUGUUUCAAUUCAGAAUCACACACACACACAAUUCUUCAGUGCUUUUUCCAAUCAGCCAUGUCCAUGAUAACUACAUAGUAAGGGAUGCCAACCUACAGUUAUUUUUAUUCUGCAAAUUAAUGGUGUUGCAUGUCUCUGUUAAAGUAAGUGUGUUUGACUUUUCUAUUAAGGUGUAUUAUCCUAAAUGGGCUGUCAGUCAGAUUGUCCUCAUUAGGAAUUCAAAACUCCAAGUUCAUCAGGAAAUAGAUUUAGAAUGGCUAAUGAUGUUACAAAGCUGCCAACCUUUAUUCAUAAGAAAAAUUAGCUCUGUGAUAUCUCAGGAAUUCAUCUCUUCCUUUCUCCUCCCACAAAACGUGCUCAGAUUCAGGCCCUCCCUACAUCUGGCCUACACAAAAGCCUUCCCUCCUUCAUCUCCACCCACUUCUCAUACACACAUACACACACAGCUUUGCUCUUCACUCUGACAUUCAAAGCAACAAACCAACUCUAUCUCUCACUCCCAUUCUCCCACAAACACGCCCACUACCACCACCAAAUUGAUAUCCAAACCACAUCACAUAGUUACUGUGCCCUGAACAGAUUUAGCAUGCAUUCCUUUCUCCCCCUUCCUGCUUGGAAACCCUUAACCCACAUCUGCACCCAUCAGAGAUCUACCAAUUAUUCAGUAUCUUUUUCAAGUCUUCUACUUCUGGGAGAACUUCUCAUGUCUUCCAGAUAGAAUUAAUCUUUUUCUUAUAGGUUCAUUCUUUUAACUCUUCUUCCACCAUUCUUACAGCACACCUACAGCCUAUCUUUUUUAUAAUCACCCAGAGAUAUAUCUUCUUUUCCACCAGAACAUAAGCCCUGGGAGACAGAAACAUGUCAUAUUCAUCUUUCCUUCCCAGGCAAUACUUAGAACAUGGUAGGUACUCCAUACAUUUUUGGGUUACAGUAAAAUGCUCAACAGUGUUUCAAAAAAGAUAGGAAAACUGUUUCCACCAUCUGUCUGUGCCACCAUAAUGGUGCACAUGAAUGUCCUGGUGGAUGCUCUCAAGAGCAUUAACAAUGCUGAAAAGAGAGGCAAAUGCCAGGUUCUUAUCAGGCCAUGCUCCAAAGUCAUCCAGUUUCUAAUUGUAACGAUGAACCAUGGUUACAUUGGCGAAUUUGAAAUUGUUGAUGAUCAUAGAACUGGGAAAAUUGUUGGGAACCUCAUGGGCAGAUUAAACAAGUAUGGAGUGAUCAGCCCCAGAUUUGAUGUACAGCUCAAAGAUGUAGAAAAAUGGCAGAAUAAUCUCCCAUCUCACCAAUUUGGUUUCAUUGUACUUACCUCAGCUGGCAUCUUGGACCAUGAAGAAGCAAGAUGAAAAUACUCAGGAGAGAAAAUCCUAGGAUUCUUCUCCUAGGAAUGUACUAGAUGUGCAAAUAAUAUUCCUCAAUGGACAAAAAAAAAUGAUAUGAAACUAUGAACAAGGUAUAAUAUUAAUUAAAAAGCAAAAGGAGAAAAAUGUUUAUACCAUAUUGCUAUCUAUGUAAAAUAAAAUCACAUAUGGAUAGAGAUAAUAUAGAAAGACAGAUAGAUUGGUCUCUGGUACAUCUUUCAAUGGAUACACACACAUGUACACACACUCACAUAACUGAUAAAGUGAUUGCCAUUGAGGAGAGGGCAGAUACACAGGGUCAGUGAUGGGACAGAGACUUACUCUCUCUGUAUACCAUUUUAUACUGUUUGAAUUUUAUUAUCAUUGCAUAUAUUACCUUGUGCAUAUAUUACCCACAUUACUUAUUCAAAGAUAACAAUUCAAUUGAAACUAAUAAAUGUUUGAUUUUAAUUGAAG